GGAUCGCUGCUGGUGCGGCGCGCGCUGCUCAAAGAUGUGCGCGAAAUCAUUAUGCAACACCAUCCUUAUAAUAAAUAAAAUAUUUUUUCAAACUUUUUCCUUGAAAACAAAUAGCUCGCGAGUGGACAGUGAUGCAUGAGCAACAGCAUGCCGCGUUGCUUUAAGUUUGUUGCACGGCUAUUUGUUUGCGCGAGAAUUUUCGCGAAUGCCUAUUGCGUUUGGAGUAUUCAUGCUGCCGUGCAUUGAAUAUUACAUUAGAUAUUAUUUAAUGCUUUUAUUUCAAUGUUUAUUACAACGCAUGGUCAAGAAUAAUUGAUCAUGUAUAUGAUCAAUGAUGAGUCAGUUUCGUGAUGAUUUUGUGAACCCGAUUAUCCAGGCUGUAAGAAGAUCAAGUUUAUCUGCACUAGAAUAAGUUUAUAGGUGCGCAGCUGCAGGUAAAGUUGCACAACACCAUCAAGCACAAUUCGCGCUCAAACAGACUUCCGUGUCUUGAGAACAAUUGAUUCUUGCACGUUUCAUUCAUUCGAUCCACCCAAAGCAUGCGACAGUGAUCAUUUUCCAUGGAUACUAAUCACAAUGCUCGCAUUUUUUCACGUUUGAAAGACAUAUUAUACGAAAACAAUAUUUUCAGACAAAAGCCGAUACAUGUGUGUUUAAGGCGCCGGGGCGAGGCGUCAUGCGAUCUGCCUGAGCGUGAUUGUUCCACCUGGAGGUCACAGGAUGCCGGUGCAGGCAGCUCAAUGGACUGAGUUUCUAUCCUGCCCCAUCUGCUACAAUGAGUUCGACGCUUGCAGCCACAAGCCCAUCAGCCUGGGCUGCUCGCACACCGUCUGCAAGACCUGCCUGCACAAACUGCACCGCAAGGCCUGUCCUUUUGACCAGACAGCCAUUAGCACUGACAUUGAUGUGCUGCCUGUCAACUGUGCCCUCCUGCAGCUGGUGGGGGCGCCGGUUCCGGAGAGAGAGAUUGUGAGUGUGGGCAGUGUUGAAGACACAAGACAUUAUGAAGUGUGCAGGAUCUGUGUGGAGGAGCUGGCGCUGUAUCUCAAACCAAUCAGUGGAGGAAAAGGUGUAGUGACCCUCAGUCAGAGCACGCUCAGUAGACCCAUGCAGAGGAAGCUGGUGACCCUGGUGAACUGCCAGCUGGUCGAGGAGGAGGGGCGUAUGCGUGCGGUCCGGGCGUGCAGAUCUCUGGGUGAGCGCACCGUCACUGAACUGAUCCUGCAGCACCAGAACUCACAGCAGCUCUCCGCCAACCUAUGGGCCGCUGUGCGGGCACGCGGCUGUCAGUUUCUAGGACCUGCCAUGCAGGAAGACGCUCUGAAGCUGGUGCUGCUGGCGCUGGAGGACGGCUCGGCUCUCUCGCGGAAGGUUCUGGUGCUGUUUGUGGUGCAGAAACUGGAAGCGCGCUUCCCUCAGGCGUCUAAGACCAGCAUCGGUCAUGUAGUUCAGCUGCUGUACCGCGCCUCCUGCUUUAAGGUGACCAAACGUGAUGAAGACUCCUCCCUCAUGCAGCUCAAGGAGGAGUUUCGCACUUACGAAGCCCUGCGCCGCGAACACGACGCUCAGAUCGUUCACAUCGCCAUGGAAGCAGGACUGCGUAUCUCACCGGAGCAGUGGUCGUCUCUGCUGUACGGGGAUCUCAUGCACAAAUCUCACAUGCAGUCAAUCAUAGACAAGCUUCAAUCCCCAGAAUCCUUUGCAAAGAGCGUGCAGGAGCUCACCAUAAUCCUGCAGAGAACAGGAGACCCAGCCAACCUCAACAGCCUCAGAGCUCCUCUCGAGCGGCUGGCCGGCAUCGACCACAACCCUGAUGCGGCCGCUCCGUCCUGGACAGAGCUGGAGAGUGUGUUAUUGGCUGUGAAGGUUGUUGUUCACGGGCUGGUGGAAUUCAUCCAAAACUUCAGCAAAAAGAGCAAUGAAAGCCCUCAGGCUCAGCCCAACAGCAAGUACAAGACGAGUAUGUGCAGGGACUUACGGCAGCAGGGCGGCUGUCCGAGAGGGGCCAGCUGCACCUUUGCCCACACCCAGGAGGAGCUGGAGAAGCACAGAAUGAGGAAUAGGAAAGCUAGUGGGGCAGUGAGGCCCUUCCCGUCAGUUCUAGCGGUUCUGCCCAAAACCGGCACCAAAGGAGCAGUCCCAGGGUCUGAGGGGAAGAACCACGAGAAAGACACCCCAGAGGAAGCGUCUCCCACUCAGCUCAUCCCUAGAGGAGGAGACCACCAGGAGGACAAAACGCUCCCCAGUAGUGCGAACGGACUGCCUGCUGCCAGCCUAGAACAAAAUCCCAUCAGUCAGAACCAGUCGUCUGCGAUAGCUUGGUUGUGCACAGACGACGACUGCGGUCUCCUCAAACACGGGCCUGUCCUCACGAGAGCUCAUCCUAAGAUCUACUACUCUCAGGACCAGAGACCAUAUGACCUGUCACCCUACCACCAACCUGCCAUUCCCCCUCACAAGUCAUGCAACGCUCGCUUCCAUCGGUCCAGCAACGUCCCUGAGUCCAUGCUACCCCCGUCAAUGGGCCCUCUGUACCCAGACCAGCACCCCUCUGUUCCUCCUGCAGACAGAUUAGGCCCCGGCCCGUACGGGCCACCCUCGACCUACGCCUCUGUGUCCCACGCACACAGCAUGUACACCCCGGUCUACGACAGCCGGCGUGUGUGGAGGCCACCGCUGUAUCCCAGGGAUGGUGGGAGGAGUAACUCUCUCCCUCCAGAGGUUUUUCAUUCCACCGUCUACCAGCAGCCCCUCCGAGAGCGCUUCAACUCGCUGGACAGCCCCUACUGCAGCACCGCGGAGCAGAGAGUGCCAAUGCACAGGGAUGCGUACACCCGUGUUCCUCUCGGCUAUGAGGAACUCUAUCGCCACAAACAGGAACAGUGGGUACAUCAGCAUGGCAACAUGAACAGGCCCUCCCAAUCCUCACCGGUCUUCACUGUGGAUGUGUGUCCAGAGCAUCCUGAGGGUGUAGGUGGUGGGCGUAUGACUUGUAAGUGUCAUGGUGGAGAAGAGAGUCUAACCCACUACUCGCCCUGGUCGUGCAGCACCAUCAGCCCAUUUGAGUCAGAGCCCCACCAUUUGUCAACCCACUCCUGUUCCAAACAGAUAGACGGGGAGAGUGGUGGCAAACGAUGGCUGCACUUGUUUGAGCCCUACAGGCGACUGAAAGACGAAGAUCCCAUCAUUCCUUUUGGAGAGGGGCCCAUCAUCUCUAAAUGGGGAGCCAUCUCCCGGGCUUCCCGCACUGGCUUUCACACCACUGACCCGGUCCAGGCCACUGCAUCGCAGGGGUGCGCCGGCACCACAUCAAUCAACUUCAGAGACUAUAGCAGUCAUAUUGGUCACAGUGACCUCAGAUGGGGCCCACGUGGAUCUGAUUCUUCUAGUCACGCCAGCUUUCUAGAAAGCGAUCAGCUGGCCAUGUCAGGGCUGCACGUAAGGCACAGUUCCUUCAGCAGCGGGUCAAAGCAGGGCACAGAUCUGCUGGGCAAGGAUGGGACGGAGAGUGAGCCUGACAGAGACAUCGAGCUGGAGCUGUCCGCUCUGGACAUUGAGGACACAGAGACACAGGACUGCAACUCUGAGGUAGAUUUUAGUCUUGAAAACCUAGAUUGCAUUGGGUUGUUUAGUGUCUAAUUGCUUAUAUAAUCUGAAGACUCUAUGGAAACACAAAGCCGCUCCAAGAACAGCCACCUCUCUACAGUCUUCGGUAAUCCAGCGGCAAGUUCUCAGUUGGAAAACAACCUGCCUGACAGAAUGGACGCCCACCUUAUGAAGAAGAUGGCAUUCAGAAAGACCCUCUCCCCUGGAGACCUCAGUAUGGGAAAGAUGUCAAUGAGGACAUGCUUGCCCAGGCCUGGAGACCCUCCGCGACCCAGUCCAGGACCUGAGAUGCUGCUAAAUGGGAACUGAGGGGGGCUGAAAACACCAGUCCUCCUCAUGUUCUAAUUCCAUGGGGUCAUGCCAAGAAUCCACCAUCCUCCUUAGGUAGAAGGUAGACUUGCCCUUAUAGGAGUCAAUCGAGGCAGCGAGACGCAGCCGAAAGCCUUCUGUAUUCAUGUGUUCUCUUCAUAAGAGCUAGCUAUGCCCUGUAAUUGUAAUCACUCAUCAUCUGUUCAGAGUCUCUUUGUUUUUCUUAAUCACUGCUUGUGGAUGAAUGUUCACGUUGAGUCACAACUCCACCUCAGGUAACUCGUGAUGUCAGCCAAUCAGAACUCUCUCCAAGCCAGGAAACCAAUUACCCAUGUCCCGUAACUCUGUACAGAAGAGACGGUUCUCACUAGCUUUUAGCAUACUGAGGAAACCAUAAUCUACUGUAUGAUCAUUAUAUAGCAGACUCUUCCAAUAUAUAUAUAUUAAUAUAUAUUAAGAAUAACCAAGGUGCUUGGAAUCUAUAGUACAUGCAUUAUUAUUAAUAUUAUUGCAGUGUUAGCCACUGAAAUGUUAUGUGCAUUUAUUGUUUGUUGGGCAUCACGGUUUGAAACAGCCAUUCAUUGAUCAUUGUUUAAAUGUAUGUGUGUGGAUUAUGGUAUAUGUCUGGUAUCUCUAAGAGACAAUUCACAGGUAAUCAAUAUUUUGUAUAAAUAUUCAAAAGAAACAGUUCACCCAAAAAUGAAAUUUCUGUCAUUCUGUCAUCACCAUAAACACAAUGUUAAAGUGGGCCAUAUGACUUGUGUUAUUAUGUUAUUACGUUAUACGUUAUUUCCAAGUCUUAUGAAGCCUUAUAUGUAUUUUGCAUGUGGAAUUUAUGUAGUUAAUCACUGCAUUGUUUGAGUCCGAGUCCAGGCCUGAAUAAUUUCGGCAAGUCAAGACCCGAAGUGUUGAGUCUGAGAUAAGACAAACACAAGAUAAUGGUUGAGUCUGGGUCAAGACCAAGCCCAGAAGAGGGUCAAGUCUGAGUCA